AGGGAAAGAGAGAAGUGAGAUGGGAACCAGAGGGUGGGAGGAAGAGAAAGGAAAGGGGUGAUGCUCUGUGUGUGUGUUUGGCGGGGCGGGGUGGGGGGGUUGUGAUAAGAGCAACAGUAGGAGGAGGAGGAUGAGCCGCGGGACCGCCCCGCUCUCGGGCGGCCAUAAAUAGGAGGCGGCCCGUCGGAGUCGGCCGCUUUCUCGCCAAGGAUGAGGAUGAGAUCCCCCGAACGGCGGCUCCAGCCUCACUCCGGCAGCGACGCGGGGGAGGAGAGCGGCCUGACGGCGACCCGAGACCGGAUGGACGCCGAGACGCAGACGGAACCCGUCGUGGUCUUGUCCUUGGCCCAGGCCGCGGUUCUCGGACUCAUUUCGCAGAACGAGGUUUUUGGAGCCACCGUCGCUCCCGACGGCUUUUACGCGGGAGACUCCAAAGGGGACGAAGCCGGCGAGUACGAGUAUGCCCAUCAGCUGAUCGGGGCCAACGGGGACUACCUGCCCGAGCCCGUCGGGGAGCGGGGACGGCCGAGCCCCCGCCGACCGGGGACCGAGAGUUGCGGAGAGCGGGCGACACGCCCGCCCCAAACUGCCGCUCCGCCGGCUCCAGUUAAAGGGGAGCCGACGGAGUCCGAGACGUCUGCCGGUGGCGGGUGCGUCCCCGAUGCCGAUGCCGCGAGCUUUCCGAGAGCGCCGGCCGGUGGAAAUUGCGCUUGGCGCGCCGGAGCCAGCUCCCUGCCCCGGGGACCGCACCCGGAGGAAAGCCGCAAGGAGGAGCCGGAGGCCCUCAAUCUCAAGACGGACAAGAAAUACGCGCAAGCCGACGAGGCGGCCUACCGCUCGGCGGGGGACUACGAGGAAAGCGGGCGAGCCGCGGCGUGGUCGGACCCCGAAGGGCUGGCCCGGCGCGUGCAGAUGGACCGUCUGGACAUCAACGUCCAGAUCGACGAGUCUUACUGCGUGGACGUGGGCGAGGGCCUGAGGCGCUGGAAGUGCCGCAUGUGCGCCAAGUCGUACACGUCCAAGUACAACCUGGUCACUCACAUCCUGGGCCACAACGGCAUCAAGCCGCACGAGUGCGCCCACUGCGGCAAGCUCUUCAAGCAGCCCAGCCACCUGCAGACGCACCUGCUCACCCACCAGGGGGCGCGGCCCCACAAGUGCGGCGUCUGCGACAAGGCCUUCACGCAGACCAGCCACCUGAAGCGCCACAUGCUGCGGCACAGCGACGUCAAGCCCUACAGCUGCCGCUUCUGCGCCCGCGGCUUCGCCUACCCCAGCGAGCUGCGCAGCCACGAGGGCAAGCACGACGACGGCCGCUGCCGCGCGUGCGGCCGCCACGCUGCCGCUGCCGCCGAGUUCCCCGCUUGCGGGCAGCUCAAGCGCCACCCGGCCGGCCAUCAGGCCGCCGCCUACUGCUGCGGCGAGUGCCGCAAGGCCUUGGCCUACCGCGGCCAGCCGCGCAACCACGCCGUCAAGCGCCGCGACGUCCGGCCCUACCUUUGCCCCGAGUGCGGAAUGGAGUUUGUCCAGAUGCACCACCUGCGGCAGCACGCCCUCACGCACAAGGGAAUAAAAGAAUUCAAGUGCAAAGUAUGCAGCCGAGAGUUCACCUUGUCGGCCAACCUGAAGAGGCACAUGUUGAUCCACGCCAGCGUGCGACCCUUCCAGUGCCACGUGUGCUUCAAGACCUUCGUCCAGAAGCAGACCCUCAAGACGCACAUGAUCGUCCACUUGCCCGUCAAGCCCUUCAAAUGCAAGGUGUGCGGCAAGUCCUUCAACAGGAUGUACAACCUGCUGGGCCACAUGCACCUCCACGCCGGCAGCAAGCCCUUCAAGUGCCCCUACUGCAGCAGCAAGUUCAACCUGAAGGGCAACCUCAGCCGCCACACCAAGGUCAAACACGGCAUCGCCGAGGGCCACGAGCCGCCGCAAGACGCCGAAGCGCCGCGGGACUACGAGGAGGAGGAGAGCUUUGAAUUCGGCGAGCGACAGGACCGAGCAAACGGCAACGCGGGAGACGCCGCUCAACUUUCUCAAAUGGAGUAUUACGCCACGUACGCCAAGGGAGCCGCGCCGUGCAGUACGGCGUGAGUUAGCAAAGCCACCGCGAAACCAAGAUGAGGGAUGGAAAAUGGCUUUGCUUUUUCGCGGGGGGGAUUUCUUGGGUUGUUCUUCAGGAAACCAGCAUGGAGGCCAAAAAUGUGGAGGGGGAACACUUUGUUCCCCAAGCGGUGCUCAAUAAAGACAGAAUCCGAGUUCCGAU